AAUAUUUAUGAAAUCGUCAAUAGGUUUUCACAUCUGUAAACCAUUUACGAGGUGUUUAAAUUUCUGACAAAUGUUUCUUUUGGCGUUGUACAGGAUAAGCCUGACACAAUUUUCUCUGGAGCAAAACGGAAAGCUAUAACACCCAUAGAAGAGGUUGCUGACAAGCCUUCAUUAAGCAGUGCUCUGAAGAAAAAUGUUAAACGAGUGGCGUUGUGCACUUUGUCAGGUAAGUGCUACAGAUCAAUGUGGCCUGAAUAACCACCUCCAAGGAAAAAAACACAAACGCAGGGAGGCUGCUUUAGGAGCACAGAAGGAUGAGAAAAACUACAGCAUUAGUCUUUUCCCAAAGAAACCAAAUUCAGAGGAAGGAUCAUCAGGUCCAAUCGAUAAUGAUCAACCAUCAGGUGCAGAUGACUUGAGCAAGAAUGCAUAUGAGUUCUGGUGUGAGACAUGCAAGAUAUGGACCACCUCUGAAAAGUUGAUGGAGAAACAUAGGAUGGGAAAGAAGCAUGCUAAGCGUAUGGGAAAACCUUAUUGGUAAGGACAAGCAGUGUUAAGAACAAAUGCAAUGACUCAGCGACAUUAUUAUUUCCUUUUUAUGAUUAUCAAAUUGUAUUAAGGCUGCAUAGAAAUGAUGUUGUGCAAAUGUGGGAGUUUCUGUCUACCAACUAGUAGCUUAUUUUUAUUGUUAAGGAAAUUGGAUGUUAUCAAUA